UUGUUUCUGUUCUUCUGUCAGAAAUUCUGAUGUCGAAAGUAACAGCUUGAAAAUAGCUUCAGGUGAUCACGAUUUUGGCCAUGGAUCAUAAGAGGAAACUUCCUUCGGGCUCUGGGAAUGCUGCCGAGACCAAGAUUCCCAGAAAGAAUGAUUUUGGAGAUGAUGAUGAUGACUGGGACAUGGACGCAAAUAUUCUUGCAUCGCUACACGACGAGCUUAUGGAGGAAGCUCCCACUGGGGAAGGACCGGAGACUGUUCAAACAAGUGUUGCAUGGAGUAGACCCGCCGUAAAGUCAAUGGAUCCCACCUCGGAGCCGCUUGUAUUCCAACAAAUAGAUUCCGAUCAUUACAUUGUCAGAGUUCAUGGGUGUGAGGGUAUGAUAUUCGAUGUUGUAGGUGAAACACUCCCAGGAAUGCCAGGUGCUCAAUCGGGAAAAGUGCCGAUCUUCAGGAUGUUCGGUGUGACGAAAGCUGGAAAUUCUGUUUGCUGUCACAUACACGGGUUUGCUCCGUAUUUUUAUGUCACUGCUCCCCAAGAUUUUCCUCAGGAUAAAUGCGCCACGCUAUUGAAACUCUUGAACACUGCCAUCGUGAAUGACAUGCGGGGGAACAAGGAUGUCACGGACCCUGUGUUGGAGGUCGACAUUGUUAUGAAGGAAUCGAUCUUCGGGUUUCAAGGAAAUACGAAGUCGCAUUUUUUGAAAAUCGUUUUGUCUCAGCCCAGAUUAAUUGCAGCUGGAAAGCGAUUGCUGGAGCAAGGAAGCGUAGUUAUUCCCGGUUUUAAUGACCACACUUUCAUCGCCUACGAGAGCAAUAUUGAUUAUGAAAUCAGGUUCAUGGUCGACACCGGAGUCGUUGGAUGCAGUUGGAUUGAACUGCCGUCGGGAAAGUAUUCCAUCAGGAAUAGAACGCAAGUCCCGAAGGCAGUUUCUCGGUGCCAAAUUGAAGUGGACGUCGCAUGGAUAGAUUUCAUCGCCCAUGAACCAGAUGGAGACUGGUCAGCUAUUGCCCCUUUUCGAAUCUUGAGCUUCGAUAUCGAAUGCGCUGGAAGACCAGGCGUUUUUCCGGAGCCAAACAAAGAUCCAGUCAUCCAGAUAGCAAACAUGGUAAUGCGUCAGGGGGAGAAAGAACCAUUCAUCCGAAACGUGUUUACUCUGAACACAUGUGCACCGAUUGUUGGCUCCCAGGUCAUCAGCUUCGACUCGGAAACUAAGCUGUUGGACCGGUGGGCAGAUUUCGUGAGAGAAGUUGAUCCUGACAUCAUCACGGGCUACAAUAUCGCGAACUUCGAUUUGAAUUAUCUAAUUACCCGGGCGAAUCAUUUGAAUGCUCGAUGUUUCCCGUUUCUUGGGCGAGUCACAGACAUCAAAACCGUGGUUAGGCAGCAUGUUUUGCAAAGCAAGCAGCUGGGAAGAAGGGAGAACAAGCUAAUCAACACGGAAGGUCGGGUGCAAUUCGACAUUCUACUGGUUCUACUGCGGGAACACAAGCUGAGGUCCUACACAUUGAACGCAGUAUCGUUUCACUUUCUGAAAGAACAGAAAGAAGACGUGCAUCAUUCUAUCAUUACUGAUCUUCAAAAUGGCAAUGAACAGACUAGGAGAAGGUUGGCAGUUUAUUGUCUGAAGGAUGCAUACUUGCCCUUGAGAUUGCUUGGCAAAUUGAUGCUGAUCAUUAAUCACAUCGAAAUGGCGCGUGUCACUGGAGUACCCUUGGGUUAUUUAUUGACUCGAGGUCAGCAGAUCAAGGUUUUGUCACAGCUGUUGAGAAAGUCGAAAGAAGAGAAUUUGAUUCUCCCGGUGCAUCAUGGAGCAGGAGGUGAGGAUUUUGCCGGAGCAACCGUUAUAGAGCCUGUGCGCGGAUAUUACGAUGUGCCAAUUGCUACUCUGGAUUUUGCCUCGCUGUAUCCCUCCAUCAUGAUGGCCCAUAAUUUGUGCUACACGACGCUUCUAAAUCAGAGCAGAAUCCACAAGUUGGGGCUGACUCCGGAUCAGUAUAUUAAGACGCCGUCCGAAAAUUACUUUGUUAAAUCGAGCGUAAGGAAAGGUUUGCUUCCGGCGAUCCUUGAAAGUUUACUGGGCGCUAGGAAAAAGGCGAAAGCAGAUUUGAAGAAAGAAACGGAUCCAUUCAAGAAGCAGGUGUUGGAUGGGCGUCAAUUGGCUCUGAAAAUUUCUGCAAAUUCGGUGUAUGGUUUCACUGGAGCUCAGAACGGGAAACUUCCUUGUCUUGAAAUUUCGCAGAGCGUCACCGCAUUUGGAAGAAUGAUGAUUGAGAAGACUAAGCAGGAAGUGGAGUCAAAAUAUCGCAUUGAAAAUGGUUAUGAUUACGACGCCAAGGUAAUCUACGGUGAUACUGACUCAGUGAUGGUGAAGUUUGGGCCUCCCACAAUUGAAAAAGCCAUGGAACUCGGAAGAGAAGCUGCGGAAUGCGUUUCGGAAAAAUUUGUGAAACCGAUUAAACUCGAAUUCGAAAAAGUUUACUUCCCGUAUCUCCUCAUCAACAAGAAGCGAUAUGCUGGACUAUAUUUCACGAGACCAGACAAAUACGAUAAGAUGGACUGCAAGGGCAUUGAAACAGUUCGGCGUGAUAAUUGCCCUUUGGUCGCCAAUCUAAUCAACACAUGUUUGCAGAAAAUUUUGAUCGAAAGAGAUCCAAACGGAGCUGUGGAACACACGAAGAAGGUGAUCAGUGACCUUUUGUGCAACAGGGUGGAUAUUUCCCAGUUGGUUAUCACGAAGGAGUUGACCAAAACGGAUAAGGAAUAUGCUGGUAAGCAAGCACACGUGGAACUUGCACACAGAAUGCGAAAACGUGAUGCGGGAUCUGCUCCUAACCUCGGAGAUCGUGUACCGUACGUGAUCAUCGCAGCAUCUAAAGGAACCGCGGCCUACGAAAAAUCGGAGGAUCCUCUGUACGUGCUUGACAACAACAUUCCAAUCGACUGCCAAUACUACUUGGAAAACCAGUUGUCGAAGCCCUUGAUGAGGAUUUUCGAACCAAUAUUGGGCGACAAGGCUGGGUCGGUUCUGUUGAAGGGCGAUCAUACUCGCACGAAGACCGUGGUAACUUCGAAAGUCGGAGCCUUGGCGGCUUUUACGACGAGGAAGGCGACUUGUAUCGGAUGUAAAACUGUGCUGAAGCGAGAGAAUGAAGCAGUCUGUGACUUUUGUCGAAGCAAGGAGCCGCUAUUGCUCAUGAAAGAGACCAGGAAAAUGGCGGAGUUGGAGGAAAAAUUCUCUAGACUUUGGGCUGAAUGUCAACGCUGUCAAGAUUCGUUGCACGAUGACGUUUUGUGCACCAAUCGGGAUUGCCCCAUUUUCUACAUGAGGAAGAAGGUUCAGUUGGAUUUGACGUCACAAAGUAAUGUCAUCAAACGAUUCGGCAACCCUGUGUGGUGAACGUGACCCUUCGAUACGAAAUCGUUCUUUUCGGGUAUUGUUCCGCGUGUGUGCGGUUCGAAAGUUAUUUCUCAAUUUAUUCGAAAUAACUUGAAUUCAUAUUUUGAAAUUUCGUAAAUUUUCUAAAUCCAGAUUGUUUAUCAUGGGCUUAUUCCCGAAUAAAAACAACAUUUUCACGCCUUUUAA